ACUUUAGCUUUGCAGACUAGGUUAUACACAGUAAUUGGGAAGAUGAUUGCUGUGUGUGUUGUCCAUGGAGGAGUUGGCCCACAUUUCUUCUCUGAAAGGCUUUUUCAGCAGAUCUGUGGUAUGCCAACAUCCUCUGCCUCGUUGGAUGAGGUUGGAGAUCAUACAUUGAGGGAGCAACUAAUCAAGAUACAGGAAGCAACAUCUGUUCUGGAGGCAAAUUGUGCCAUUGCAGAGGCAGCAGACAGUUUAAGUAUCAUUGGUGCCUUGAGAUAUGUAUCAAGCCUGACAGAAAAUAACUCUCUUGUCCAGUCGGCUGCAGAGUUCUUUGUGAAUGGAAGACUGCAAGCUGCCUUGGAACAGUUUUCAGAAGGGUUGCAAACUCUUGGUUUACUGGAUGAGAUGCAGAAAAAUUCUGCAUUGUUUUAUGACAUGUUUGUUAGUGAUGAGAAGCCCCUCCAGGCAAAGGACCUCUGCAGUCUAUUUAAUGUAAACUUCUCCCCACAAGGCAGCAACAGGAGGGCUAGAGAAAACCAGACCAUAUGCCACUGGAGAGACUGGUUGAUAGAUGUUGAAG